UCUCUACAGCUGCUUAUCAUCAAUGGAAACGAUAACCUCCUUUACUGAUUCACCAUCACCAUACGAGCUCUUGCUAAGAGCUCUAUGUCAGAUACCCAUAACUCAUUAUGUGAUCGGAUUGGCGUUGGUUUUUUGGGUUUUGGUGUACGAUUUCCUUGAUUUUCAUGUUGUUCAGGAUUUAUUGACCGGCUUUAGAGGACAACGGGUCGAUUUAACCUUCAAUUCCUGCUCCGAACUCUACCGUGAAGUCGUCUCCAAGUGCACUCUUCUUCAUGGAAGGUACAUGUCUACUCCAUGGCUUUCUAGUCCUCAUCUUCAGACUACUUUCUUGAGAUUCUUUGGAAGGCCUCCUGUUUUCAACUACAGAAGGGAGCUAUUUAACACAGGUGAUGGUGGAGUAGUAGCUCUGGAUUGGUUGGCACCUUCUGAUGUCAUGGAAAAGGAAGAUAUCGCAAGUGAUGAGACUCAUCAAGAUGCUAACAUGCCCAUUGUCAUAGUGAUCCCCGGCUUGACAAGUGAUUCUGACGCUGUUUACAUAAAGCAUCUCGCUUUCUACAUGGCGAAACGUGGCUGGAAUGUUGUGGUGAGUAAUCAUCGAGGCCUCGGGGGAGUACCAUUGAAGUCUGAUUUCUUUUACAACGGUGGAUGGACGGAUGAUAUACGCAAAGUAGUCAAACAUAUUCGCUCUCAAUCACCUGACGUUCCUUUGUUCGUUGUUGGAACCAGCCUUGGAGCAAAUAUGAUGGUAAAAUAUCUAGGUGAAGAUGGGAAGGAUGUUCUUAUAGAUGGGGCUGCAGCUGUUUGUUGUCCAUGGGACCUUCUGCUAUGUGAUAGGUAUAUGGGACGAAAUUUGGUGCAGAGCGUCUAUGACAAAGCCUUAGGAGACGGUUUAAAACGUUACGCCAAGAUGCAUCAACAGUUUUUUACUUGUCUUUCCGAUUGGAAUGGCAUUGAAAAGGCACGCCGUGUUCGUGAAUUUGACACCAGCGGUACUUGUCUUGUUUGGAAAUUCGACACGGCCGAUAUAUAUUACAGGGAAUCUAGUUGUGCUGAUUAUGUUGGACGCAUAAAGGUGCCCCUUCUUUGCAUCAGUGCACUAGAUGAUCCAGUCUGCACCAAAGAUGCCCUCGUAUGGGAUGAAUGCAAGGUGAACAAGAAUGUUAUUUUGGCUACUACACAACACGGAGGACAUUUGGGAUACUUCGACGGAUGGGACGCAAAGGGCGUUUGGUGGGUAAGAGCCGUGGAUGAAUACCUGACUGUUCUAAGCUCUAGCAAGAUAAUCCGCCGACAAACUAAGAUGCCAAAACCGGUCCUCCAGGCGAGUCCUCGUCCUCAUCCUCAGACAUCGCUAUUCUACAAAGUCCCGUAUAUUGGUUUGCUGAAGAAAACCGACAAUAAGAUACAUGUAGACAACUUGAUGGAAAAGAGUACGAACUUUAUGGAGGAAAAAACACAAGGAUCAUCGUAUCCCUCGAGAAUCAACAGUCUCGUAACUUUCCUAAAAAGGUUCAUGGAUCAGUUCUAGGAAGGAAUGAAACCAUGGGUCACCCUAAUUUGUUUUCCUUCGCAAAUGUACCCAGGUUGUCUAUAUUUUGUAAAGAACAGUGUUCUUAAAAACUAUAGACAAGGUUCAAAGAUUAGUGAGUGCCUCAUAAGGGAACUGUAAUCAUUUCUUCUUUCGUUCCAAAAUAAAUUGUUCCUUAA